AUGAAUUAACAUAAUAAAGUAUAAGAAUAUGAAAAAGUUCUUGAUUUACUUGAUCACUUUUUAAAAAAAUACUAAAAUUUAGGUAGGAACGCCAUAGAAACUUCAAUUGUCAGUCUCCUCAAAAAUAAUGUGACUGGGUUAUUCUUUGUUGGCUUCUAUCAAGUAAUUGAUGGUAUACUCAUUGAUUCGAUAUUAGAUAAUCAUCUUGAAGUCGGACCAUAUUAAAGUACUAUAUUGGCAACACCAAGAAUAGAGAAGGGCAAAGGAUAAUGUGGGUAAUGUUGGGCAGAAGGAAAAGUCUAGAUUCAAGAAGAUGUGAAGGUCUGUUAGAACUACAUAGCUUGCGACAAUGAGACAUAAAGUGAGAUUGUUAUUCCAGUAAUAAAGAAUGGAGUUGUGUUAAGUGUUUUAGAUAUUGAUUCAGAACAUUUGUCCCGAUUUGAUGAAGUCGAUUCUAAGUAUUUAUAAAGAAUAGUUGAGUAUUUAAUUUGA